GCAGGGAGAGGGAAAGACAAAAGACGGGGAGUCGUAGCAGCGUGAGCGGAGGGGACUGAGCAAAUGGCCACGGAGGAGACGGCGGGGGGAGCGCGGAAAGCCACCAAGAGCAAACUGUUUGAGUUCCUGGUCCAUGGAGUGCGUCCCGGCAUGCCGUCUGGAGCAAGGAUGCCCCAUCAGGGAGCUCCCAUGGGGCCCCCCGGCCCACCGUACGGAGGGAGCCCAGCGGUGCGGCCUGGCCUGCCCUCCCCGGUGAUGGAGCCCAGCCGCAAGAGACCGGCCCCCUCCCAGCAGGUCCAGCAGCAGCAGCAGCAGCAGCAACAGGCGGUCCAGAACCGGACCAGAAAGAAGCCAGUUGGAUUCCCCGGAGCCAAUGAGAUGCCGGCGAGGCAGAUGGACAUGAGAGAGCCCCAAUCAGAUCCCACGCUCGGAUCAAACGCUAAGAGAAGGAAAAUGGCAGACAAGAUUCUCCCGCAAAGGAUCCGUGAGCUGGUCCCUGAGUCCCAGGCCUACAUGGACCUGCUGGCGUUUGAGCGCAAACUGGACCAGACCAUCAUGCGCAAACGGGUGGACAUCCAAGAGGCGCUGAAGAGACCAAUGAAGCAAAAGCGUAAACUGAGGCUGUAUAUCUCCAACACCUUCAACCCCGCCAAACCUGACGCCGACGACUCCGAUGGCAGCAUUGCAUCAUGGGAAUUGCGCGUUGAGGGGAAGCUGCUGGACGAUCCGGGGAAGCAGAAGAGAAAGUUCUCUUCGUUUUUCAAGAGUCUGGUGAUCGAGUUGGAUAAAGAUCUGUACGGCCCUGACAACCACCUGGUCGAGUGGCACCGUACACCCACCACCCAGGAGACCGACGGCUUCCAGGUGAAGAGGCCGGGAGAUGUGAGUGUGCGCUGCACUCUGCUGCUGAUGCUGGACUACCAGCCCCCCCAGUUUAAGCUCGACCCUCGCCUGGCCCGCCUGCUUGGUAUCCACACCCAGACACGCUCCUGCAUCAUACAGGCUCUCUGGCAGUACGUUAAGACCAACAAGCUGCAGGACUCCCAUGACAAAGAGUACAUCAACUGUGACAAGUACUUCCAGCAGAUUUUUGACUGUCCUCGGCUGAAGUUUUCUGAGAUCCCCCAGCGCCUCACCAACCUCCUCUUGCCCCCUGACCCCAUCGUCAUCAACCACGUCAUCAGCGUGGACCCCAACGACCAGAAGAAAACCGCCUGCUACGACAUCGACGUGGAGGUGGAGGACCCGCUGAAGAGCCAGAUGAGCAGCUUCCUCCUCUCCACUGCCAAUCAGCAGGAGAUUGCCUCACUCGACAACAAGAUCCAUGAGACCAUCGAGUCAAUCAACCAGCUGAAGAUCCAGAGGGACUUCAUGCUCAGCUUCUCCAGAGAUCCCAAGGGCUACAUCCAGGACUGGCUCAAAUCCCAGAGCAGAGACCUAAAGCUGAUGACGGACGUGGUCGGCAACCCAGAGGAGGAGAGGAGGGCUGAGUUUUACCACGAGCCCUGGUCCCAGGAAGCCGUCAGCCGCUACUUCUACUGCAAGAUCCAGCAGAGGAGACAGGAGCUGGAACAGGCCUUAGCUGUCCGCAACACCUAAGCAACCCCCCACCACCACCACCAUCACCACCACCACC